GCAGCCGCCGGGCAGGACGGAGCCGCCGCGGGCGCAGUAUGUCCCAAUGGAGUCAAGUUCAACAACUGGAAAUAAAGUUUUUGGAGCAGGUAGACCAGUUCUAUGAUGAUAACUUCCCCAUGGAAAUCCGGCAUCUACUAGCACAAUGGAUAGAAAGCCAAGACUGGGAGGCUGCAUCCAACAAUGAAGCAAUGGCAAUAAUCCUUUUACAGAACUUGCUAAUUCAAGUGGAUGAACAGCUGGACCGGGUUUCACAGGAGAAGAAUCUUCUCUUGAUACACAACCUGAAAAGAAUCAGGAAGCUACUGCAGGGCAAAUAUCAUGGUAAUCCCAUGCAUAUAGCUGUGAUCAUCUCAAACUGUUUAAGAGAAGAAAGAAGAAUAUUGGCUGCAGCUAGCAUGCCUGUACAGGGACCACUGGAAAAGUCUCUGCAGAACUCUGUGGUUUCAGAACGACAAAGAAACGUAGAGCACAAAGUGUCAGCCAUCAAGAACAGUGCUCAGAUGACUGACCAAGAUGUCAAAUACUUGGAGGACUUGCAAGAGGAAUUUGACUUCAGGUAUAAAACAAUACAAAGCUUAGAGCAGAAUGACAAAAACAGUGCCCUCAUUAAACAGGAAAUGUUGGCGUUGCAGGCAAUGCUCAACACUUUAGACUACAAGAGAAAGGAAGUACUUGGUAAAAUAGGGCGUGUGAUUCAUGAAAUUGAUAUGCUUAUGAGCAACAUGCUGACUGAAGAGCUGCUAGACUGGAAGAGGCGGCAGCAGAUUGCCUGCAUUGGGGGUCCUCUCCAUGGUGGACUUGAUCAGCUCCAGAACUGUUUUACACUGUUGGCAGAGAGCCUCUUUCAAGUUAGAAGACAACUAGAAAAACUGGAUGAACUGUUGACCAGAUUGACUUACGAUGGGGACCCUAUCCCAUUGCAAAGACCUCAGCUGCUGGAAAAAGUCAACUUUCUGCUCUACAAUCUUUUCCGGAAUUCAUUUGUGGUUGAAAGGCAACCCUGUAUGCCAACACAUCCUCAGAGGCCAAUGGUUCUUAAAACGUUAAUACAGUUCACUGUUAAAUUAAGGUUGCUAAUUAAAUUGCCAGAGCUGAACUACCAGAUCAGAGUGAAAGCGACUAUUGACAAGAAUGUUUCAACUGUAAGUAAUCGUAGAUUCGUUCUGUGUGGGACACAUGUGAAAGCAAUGAACAUGGAUGAGUCUGCAAAUGGAAGCCUGUCGGUAGAAUUUCGACAUUUGCAACCCAAAGAAAUGAAAUCAAAUGCUGGAAGCAAAGGAAAUGAGGGCCCUCACAUGGUGACCGAGGAACUGCACUCCAUCAGCUUUGAAACACAAGUCUGUCUGUAUGGAUUGACUAUAAAUUUGGAAACCAGCUCUUUGCCUGUGGUGAUGAUCUCCAAUGUCAGCCAACUACCCAAUGCAUGGGCUUCUAUUAUUUGGUACAAUCUGUCAACCAACGAUCCUCAGAAUUUGUCUUUCUUCAACAAUCCCCCUGCUGCCACUUUAAGUCAGCUCUUGGAAGUACUGAGCUGGCAAUUUUCUUCGUAUGUUGGUCGUGGACUCAAUUCUGAGCAGCUUAACAUGCUGGCAGAGAAACUUACGGGACAACAAGUCAAUUAUAAUGAUUAUCAACUGUCCUGGGCAAAGUUCUGUAAGGAACAUUUGCCUGGAAAGUCUUUUACCUUUUGGGUUUGGCUUGAAGCCAUUCUGGACUUAAUUAAAAAACACAUUCUUCCUCUUUGGAUUGAUGGGUAUGUAAUGGGAUUUGUAAGCAAAGAGAAGGAACGGAUUUUGCUCAAAGACAAGACACCAGGAACGUUUUUGUUAAGGUUUAGUGAAAGCAAUCUGGGUGGCAUUACCUUUACUUGGGUGGAUCAGUUAGAAAAUGGAGACGUAACAUUCCAUUCAGUGGAACCCUAUAACAAAGGUCGUUUAUCUGCACUGCCGUUUGCCGACAUACUGCGCGACUACAAAGUUAUCAUGGCAGACAACGUUCCUGAAAACCCUCUGAAGUAUCUAUAUCCAGACAUUCCCAAAGAUAAGGCCUUUGGCAAACACUACAGCUGUCAGCCAAGUGAAGUCUCAAAGCCCUCAGAUGGAGGAGGCAAAGGUUAUGUUCCCUCUGUAUUUAUCCCAGUCUCCAAAAUCUUAAAUGAUUCUACAGAUCCACACUCUCCAUCAGAUCUUCUUCCAAUGUCUCCAAGUGUUUACGCUGUGCUGAGAGAACACCUGAGUCCCACAGUGAUUGAAACUGCCCUGAGUUCUCCUUACUCAACUGACUGAAGUUCACAUGCUGGGAAAAACAGUAAUUGUAUGAACACUGGAUCAGUUAAAGAUGCAGUAAAUUUUUCUUGUGGUCACCUUUGUAAAUCAGCAUUUCCUGGAAACCAUUACUCUUUUUAUUCUUCAGCCUCUUUAUUUUGCCAAUACCAUGUAAAAAACCAGCAAUCCUCUCCCUAGGGAUUACAAGUAACCUCCUACACAUCAGAAUUGCUGUCCUCACUAACAGAAGGACAAAUUAUUUCUGGCUUAGAGGUGGUCGGACUUCAGUGGGGUCCAGCAUGGAUAAAUUUUACUUGCAGAAUUUAUGUCCUUAAAUUGCUGGAAACAUGAGAGCAUGAGAAUCAGAGGGUUUGUUUCUGAAAACAGCAUAUAAAGACAACUAAAGACAUUAGGGUGUUUUAGGAAAUUAGGAUUUAUUAUGUUAAUGAUGUUAAUAUUUUCUGUUUAAUUAUCAUCUUGUAUUCCAUGGGCUUAGAUUCUAUUUCAAAGCAAAGAUUCACAGUUCCCUGAGUUCAAAUGUCCCAUAAGUGUCUGGGUUGUUGUUUUAGUUUUUUUUUUUUAAUCCAGAGGUGAAACACCUUCAGCAUAGAUUUUCAUCUGCCACCACAGCAGAAGUUGUGGAAGGCAGGCAGGCAAAGCUGGAAAGAGAAGGGACUUCUAGAAAGGAAACAGACACAAAACCUGUGGUGACCGAAAAAGGUUGUCUCCAUUUUGUCACUGGAAGAGAGGGUCAGUAAAAUUUAACCCACUCAGAAAAUAGUUGCAGAAGUAAAUGUUUGUGCAUGAAGCAUUCAGAAAGUCUACAAAGAAAAAACCCUGAUCUAACAGAGUUUGGAUAUUUUCCAGUAAAGGCAGACUGGGAAGCAGUUUUAGAAAACAAUUACUGAAGAGCUACAGCAUUUGCUGAUCACUAGGCAGUUUGUGUUACACAACAAAAUAUUAUGGGCCUGUCAGAUUCAUUUAAUAAGCAGAAUAAGUAGGUUUUGUAUAAGUGGUAAAUUGCCUUUUAAAACUGUUCUGCUUUUUCUUUUAGGCAUGGUUUAGUGCUAGGUUUGGGAUGUUUGGUUUUGUUGGGAUUUUUUUCCUCCAAUAUUAUCGUUAAAACCUCUGGUAGUAGAAUAAUAAACAGGCAGUUCCAAGGCCACUGUGUUUCAUGUAAGCAGGCUGAUUCAAGAUUUAAUUAUUCUCUGCAGAAUACAUGAUUAAUGCACGCAAAGUUCUUAAAAUACAUAUAUAUGAGGAUUUGCACCUCACAGUCUUCUUGAGUAGGUACAAAUUACCAAGAGUAAGUAGGUAAAAACAGCCUCCUUGAAUCAAUAAGACCUGGAUUUUACUUUCAUUUCUCCUUUUUCACUCUCUUCUCUCACCCAUAGUUGAAAGCAAGUGAAUGGAAACAGAGUAAUGAGAUAGUUCUCUGAUACAUGCAAGUAGAUUUCAAAUGAACAAAGUUUCUGUUCAUUAAUCUGAGUGAUUCAAAGCAAGCUGUAGAUAAAAAGCCAUUUUCUCUCGGACUCUGUCGUAUAUAAACGCUUUUCCAAAACAAGUACAGUUGUGUAUAUAGUAGUUUGAUGACAUCUGUAAUUUAAAUGACCAGCAUGAAUAAACAGAUUUUGGCUUAAAAUUGAA